UUGUGUGUAUGACAUAAGAUUCAGGGGUUGGAGUGUGCUAGACCCCGCACAACACGAUGGGGUCGCUCUUGACCGACUCAAAUGUUCCCGUGCUCUUAUUGUUUGGUUGAUAGUGCUGACCUUCUGUGCGUUUUUUUGUUUUCCAGGGGUGCUGGUCUUCUAAGCAAACUCGCCAAUUUCUACCCAGACUACUUCUCGGCGUUGGCCUUCCUCUCUGUACCAUAUUCGCCGGGACUCUCGGAUGUAGAUGGCAUCAACGCCCGCACCGAAGCUGCCUUCGGCUACCCUACCUUCGGCUACCAGAAAUUCUUCAACGAAGAUGACGCCGCAGAGAUAAUCGAGCGCAACAUCGAAUCUUUCACGUCGGCAGUCUUCCCCGGCGACCCUGAGGUCUGGCGCACCGACCUCUGCCCCUACGGCAAAGCAAAAGCAUGGAUCGAAGCCGGGAAAAUGGAUUCAAAGCUACCCAGCUACGAGACCCCUGAAACGCGCGAGGCGCGCGUCGCGAAGUUCAAAUCUGGCGGUCUCGCUGCGCCCUUGAACUGGUACAAGGUGUCGAUGCGCAAUAUCGACGCCGAGGCAAUCAAUGCGAUCCCCAAGCAAAACCUCGUGCUCAACGUUCCGACCGUGUUUAUGGGCGGAGACAAAGACUACGCUACGAGGGUUGAGAUGAUGCAGAUGGCGGCGGCGAAGCUGAAGGAGGCGGGACUGUUGAAGCCGGAUGUAGAGGUAAAGAUUGUGAAGGGUGCUAGUCAUUGGAUUACUCUGGAGAGGCCGGACGAAGUUUUCACGGUGUUGCAGGAACUCGUCAAGAAAGUAGAGUAGUAGACGUGCAUUGAUCUUACAUCGAAUGGAGAACAAACAGCCAAGAUCUUAGCGUUAGUCGUCCACAUUUGUAUACAUGUCCUCUUAUAUCGAGCGUCUUUGAAACAUUGUAGACAAUUCCCUGCUAAUGCCUUUUCAACACUACUUCGCAUGCAGAUCGCAAUCUACUACUUAUAACCCUCAAAGUCAUGAUAAUCCCCCAAUAAUCAAAAGUCCCACAUAGAUAUAUAACCCAACCUCACCACCAUCCCCCAAUCACAACCCCAACCCCAUCGCACAACUCUCCCUCCCCACAACAUCCCCUCCACCAACAAAAAACACCAAACAUACCAAACAAAGCUAGUCAAUCGUAGUCCCACAUAUCCUCCCCAACCGUCACACAUCAUCCUACCCCUAUCUAUCCGCUCUCCUCACCCGCCAAACACAGGGCAAGUGGAUUCCUCCCGCCCUGCGCCACUACCCCUCAUGAUCAGCCCAGGAUGUAGAAAGCAGGAAAAUCAUCAUGCCACUUCUCGCUUCCCUACCCCACAGUUUCCGUUCUUUCUGGUUAGUCUCUACGAGAU